AUGCGUCCCACGUUCGUACCGGCUUUCUCGAACGAUUCUUUAGACGACGUCAUUGAGUCAAUCAAUCAAUCAUCAACCCGUGCUGAGUUGCCAGCGGCAAACGGUACAGACGAUGGGAAUGAGGGACAGCCGCCCAGACAGUUCAUAGUUGCGGUGGAUUUUGGAACAACGUUCUCCGCAGUGGCGUACACAGUCCUUAGACCGGGCGAUGAGAGAACAUUUGUAGAUAUCCACCAGAUUUCAUGCAUUUCGGACUACGACGAUGCAGGUGAGAGUGUGCGAGGGUUAACAAUGGAAGUGCCCACGGAAACGUGCUAUCCUCUUAGACCCAGACCCUCUCAAGCGGGUUCUGGUGAGAUGAUGGAUCUUGACGCUGCCAUAACAACCGCCCCUAUCGAUACGGAUCAAAUCGUUCGUUGGGGGUUCUCCGUACCUGAACAUUUCAAAACACCGGAUGCAGAUCGCAGCAACUUGCGGAGAAUCACCCGUUCCAAGUUGCUGUUGGACAAGACUGAUUUCACUAGGGAGCUCCGCGAACAACUCCAGAUUACUGCAAAGGAACUGGAGGCAUUAAAGAUUAUCACCAGCAGCCUCGAUUUAAUCGUUGACUUCUUAAGGCACUUGCUUACGCAUACCAAAGCUCAACUCAUCAAAUCGCAUGGUUUCAAUGACAGAGACUCAGUCGAAUGGGUGCUCUGUGUUCCGGUAGUCUGGCGAAGACGGGCAGUGAGAAAAAUGCAAGAUGCAUUAAUUGAAGCCAGUCGUCGAUCGCUCUUCGGUCGAACCAUAUCAAACAGUGUGGAGAAUCUCUACAUCGUCUCCGAGCCAGAGGCUGCUGCUGCCCAUGUUUUGGCAUCCACUCGAGAGGUUAAGGCCGGAGACUCUUUCAUGAUUCUUGACGCCGGGGGCGGGACUGUCGACGCCGUGAUAUAUAAAUUGAGAAACACUGAACCUCUGCAGUUGGAAAGGGAGGCGGUGAAACCGGAAGGUGCUCUAUGUGGCUCUAGUUAUUUGAAUGAACGAUUUGAAGGGAUGUUGCAAAACAGAUUAAGGGAUGAAACCUACCUCACUUCUCCCACGAUAACCAUGGAGGGAAUCAUUGCAUUCCAAGUAUGGGAAUUUGAAACCAAAGUCAAAAGGAAUUGCGAUAUUACGGAUAACAAUUACACAGGCUACGAGUUCUUCAUACAAGGGCUCAAGGCGAAUCCAGAAAAGAAGUUCAAAGAUCACCGAAUGAAACUGGAUAGGAACGAUUUCAAAGAUAUUUUCCGUCCUUGUUUGGAGGGCGUCGCCCAGCUCAUGCUUAGACAGCUCGAGUCAGCCCGCAGAAGUGGGAUCAUCGUUAAGAAAGUCUUACUCAUUGGGGGGUUUGCUGCGUCGCCUUCCCUGCAUCACUAUCUUCGGGGGAUCUUGGACACGAGGUCAACCUCGAUUGUCGGUUCACCUGUAGGGCUCUUGCGCCCUAACAUCCGCGACACUGCGGUUGCUUCUGGUGCGGUUCUCCGGGCUCUCAACCGAGAACUAGGUCCGGUUAGGAUUAUCCAAUCAAGCUACGGUUACCUGCGCACCGAGCCCUGGGAGCCUGAUGCUAUUGAGGCUCAUGGCUCAAGCAGACCUAAGCAGGCUGAUCCGAAUGACGGAGACUUAUACGUGAAGAAUACCAUAUGUUGGGUUUUGAAGAAGGGAGAUGAAGUACCGCCGUUUAGGGAAUUCAGGUUUCGAACCAUGUUCACAUUCCCAGUGAACACAAAGCAGAGGUUUAAGUGCAACCAACUUCUGUAUGUCUCGGACAGGCGUCACGAGAGCCAUUACAGGCGACGCCACAAAAACAAUAAAGGGGCUAAAGUGGCGGGCCAGAUAGAAGUUGAUAUGACUUUCUUGCGUACCGAGGGCCACAUCAAGCCAGUCAAACCGGAUAAUUUGCUUGGCAGACGCCAUUACCGCGUUGAAUAUGACCUUGUCAUGAUCGUCGAUGGUUACAAUAUAAAAUAUGAGGCGCGCUGGGAUAAUGGCCAAGGAGAACAAGUUCUCGCAGAGAAGCAAAUCAAUAUUGCCGCGGCCUUUGCCAGUCUCGAAUCUGAGGAUGAGUCGGAAGAGGACGAAGAGGAGUAUCUUAGUGACUGA